GCUGAGCGUGCUGCUGGGAGGCAGAGGCAGUGCUGGGGCUGAGCGUUUUGGGACCUCACGGGGAGUAUGGCAGAUCCCGAAGACCCCCGUGAUGCUGGGGAUGCACUGGGGGAUGACUCCUUCCCACUCUCCUCACUGGCCAACCUGUUUGAGGUGGAGGACACCUCAUCCCCUGCUGAGCCAUCCCGGGGUCCCCCCGGUGCUGGGGAUGGAAAGCAAAACCUCCGGAUGAAAUUCCACGGGGCGUUUCGGAAAGGCCCCCCAAAACCCAUGGAGCUGCUGGAAUCCACCAUCUACGAGUCGUCGGUGGUCCCAGCACCCAAGAAGGCCCCCAUGGAUUCCCUCUUCGACUAUGGCACCUACAGGCAGCACCCCAGCGAGAACAAACGCUGGCGCAGGAGGGUCGUGGAGAAGCCGGUGGCUGGCACCAAGGGGCCGGCUCCCAGCCCACCACCUGUCCUCAAGGUUUUCAACAGACCCAUCCUCUUUGACAUUGUCUCCCGGGGGUCCCCAGAUGGCCUGGAGGGUCUCCUGUCCUUCCUGCUCACCCACAAGAAGCGUCUGACGGAUGAGGAGUUCCGAGAGCCCUCAACAGGGAAGACGUGCCUGCCCAAGGCGCUGCUCAACCUGAGUGCAGGCCGAAAUGACACCAUCCCCAUCCUCCUGGACAUCGCCGAGAAGACGGGAAACAUGCGGGAGUUCAUCAACUCACCCUUCCGUGAUGUCUACUACCGAGGUCAGACAGCGCUGCACAUCGCCAUUGAGCGCCGCUGCAAGCACUACGUGGAGCUGCUGGUGGAGAAGGGUGCCGAUGUGCACGCCCAGGCCCGUGGUCGCUUCUUCCAGCCCAAGGAUGAGGGCGGCUACUUCUAUUUUGGAGAGCUGCCCCUCUCGCUGGCUGCCUGCACCAACCAGCCCCACAUCGUGCACUACCUGACGGAAAAUGGCCACAAGCAGGCAGACCUGCGGCGCCAGGACUCGCGUGGCAACACCGUGCUGCAUGCUCUGGUUGCCAUCGCUGACAACACCCGUGAGAACACCAAGUUUGUCACCAAGAUGUACGACCUGCUCCUCAUCAAGUGCGCCAAACUAUUCCCUGAUACCAACCUUGAGGCCCUGCUCAACAAUGAUGGCCUCUCUCCACUCAUGAUGGCUGCCAAGACCGGCAAGAUCGGGAUCUUCCAGCACAUCAUCCGCCGGGAGAUUGCAGAUGAGGACGUCCGGCACCUCUCACGCAAGUUCAAGGAUUGGGCAUACGGCCCCGUCUACUCCUCACUCUAUGAUCUCUCCUCACUGGAUACCUGUGGAGAGGAGGUGUCCGUGUUGGAGAUCCUCGUUUACAACAGCAAGAUUGAGAACCGCCAUGAGAUGUUGGCCGUGGAGCCCAUCAACGAACUGCUGCGCGACAAGUGGCGCAAGUUCGGUGCCGUCUCCUUCUACAUCAGCGUGGUCUCCUACCUCUGUGCCAUGAUCAUCUUCACUCUCAUCGCCUACUACCGCCCCAUGGAAGGCCCUCCGCCAUACCCUUACACUACGACCAUCGACUACCUGCGGCUGGCCGGGGAGAUCAUCACCCUCCUCACCGGCAUCCUCUUCUUCUUCUCCAAUAUCAAAGAUCUCUUCAUGAAGAAGUGCCCAGGUGUGAACUCAUUCUUCAUCGAUGGCUCAUUCCAGCUGCUCUACUUCAUCUACUCAGUGCUGGUGAUCAUCACGGCAGGGCUGUACCUGGGCGGCGUUGAGGCUUACCUGGCUGUCAUGGUCUUUGCUUUGGUCCUGGGCUGGAUGAACGCACUCUACUUCACACGAGGGCUCAAGCUGACGGGGACUUACAGCAUCAUGAUCCAGAAGAUCCUCUUCAAAGACCUGUUCCGCUUCCUCCUGGUCUAUCUGCUCUUCAUGAUUGGCUAUGCCUCAGCACUGGUGUCGCUCCUGAACCCAUGUCCCAGCAGUGAGUCCUGCAGUGAGGAGCACUCAAACUGCACGCUGCCCACCUACCCCUCAUGCCGGGACAGUCAGACCUUCAGCACCUUCCUGCUUGACCUCUUCAAGCUCACCAUUGGCAUGGGUGAUCUGGAGAUGCUGGAGAGUGCCAAGUACCCAGGCGUCUUCAUCAUCCUGCUUGUUACCUACAUCAUCCUCACCUUCGUGCUGCUCCUCAACAUGCUUAUCGCCCUCAUGGGUGAGACCGUGGGCCAGGUGUCCAAGGAGAGCAAACACAUCUGGAAGUUGCAGUGGGCCACCACCAUCCUGGACAUCGAGCGCUCCUUCCCUCUCUUCCUGCGGAGAGCGUUCCGUUCUGGGGAGAUGGUGACCGUGGGGAAGGGCACUGAUGGGACCCCUGACCGCCGCUGGUGUUUCAGGGUAGAUGAGGUGAACUGGUCCCACUGGAACCAGAACCUGGGCAUCAUCAGUGAGGACCCGGGCAAGAGCGAUACAUACCAGUACUAUGGCUUCUCCCACACCGUGGGGCGGCUGCGGAGAGAUCGAUGGUCAACGGUGGUGCCACGUGUGGUGGAGCUUAACAAGAGCUGCCCAACGGAGGAUGUGGUUGUGCCAUUGGGGACCAUGGGCACGGCAGAGGCACGGGAGCGACGGCACGGGCAGAACUCCAGCUCCCUGCUCUAGCAUAGACUCUGCCUGGCCCCACAGCACCAGCGUGUGUCUGUUCCUCAGGGAUUUGUGCAGCCAAUGUCCCUGCAGUGCCCAUCCAUUGGGGUCCCAGUCCUGGCAAUUCUGGGGUCUCCAGUGCCACCGCUUUGCUUUCCUGCACCAUUGGCUCCAUUGUGCCAGCAGCUGGGUGCUGGGAGCUGCCCUGGCACCGACCACCACGGCCAAUGGCUUUUGCCCCAAGGUUUUUUUGUUUUUGUUUUGGUUUUUUUUUGCACAAGAUUUAUACGACUAUUUAUUUCGUAAUAAAGAGCAGCCACCACGGCCUCGUGUCAUCGAGUGUGGUCAGCAGGGAGAAUGUCGCUGCGGGAGGGACGGGGGAGCUGCGCAAUGCCUGCUGUGCCAUUCUGCAGUGCUGGCCCCUUGUGCACAGCGGAGGGCAGCACACUCCGCGCAAUGCCGCUCCCGGCGUUGGAGGAGCACCGAUUUGGCGGACGCUGAUGGUUGGUGACACGGUGGCACAGCAGCACAGCUCGCUGAGCAAAUGAUCGAGCAGAAAAGGGGACGCUCUAUCUUCGAACCCGAUGGCUCGCCGUCAGCUCUAACCGUGCCGGCUCCGCUUAGAUGUGAUUUACAUAUAUCUCUCGUACCGCGGUUUAAGUAUUUCCCCAGGGUGAGGGAAUGAAGAAGUUUCAUUAUCACUACUUAGGAAGAGCUGAGCGUUCUGCUCUCGGCUCAGGCUGCAUCACAAGAUGAACUGCAGGGAUGAUGCAGCUGCAGACAGGCUCCAUCCUUCGUGGCAGGCAGUAUUUGGGAGCGAUGCACUUAGCUAUCCCCACAGCCGUGCAGGCAUGCUGCCCAGCACAGCCCCAGCUCCGCCACUGUCCUGGCUGCAAGGCUGGGAUUUCCCAGUGCAAUGGGAGUUAAACCGAUUUCCCUCUACCCAUGCAAAUUCUCAAGUCCUAAGGGUGCAGAGAUGUACACGCAAGGGCUGUAUGAUUUUAGGGGCUGUGUGUGGAGUGGGCCUACGUUCCUAUGAGAUGCACUCCAUGAUGGCUUGGUAGCAGUGGGGCUACAGUGCUGUCAGGCACCACAGCCAUACUGCUGGCGACAGGGACACCAUGGCCAUGAUGAUGGCAUCAUAGGAUCACCCCCACGCUCCUUCCACUGGAUGGUGACACAGGGCUCAAGUAGCAAUUGGACAGAUUGAUGCAAUGGGAAAGGAGCUACAACAAAGGUGUGAUGACAGAAGGAGCAGCACCGUAGAAAGAUACUAUAAAGGAACAGGAUUGCUCACCUGUAUCAGAAGAUUUCAGGUUCACAGACAAAAGCUUCAC